CACCCCAGCCCCGCGCGGGGCCCCUGGAUCGCGGGACAGUGGCGGCCGCGGGGAGCCACCAUGUUCAACCACCAGCAGCAGCAGCAGCUCCAGCAGCUCCAGCAGCAGCAACUCCUGCAGCUGCUCCAGCAGUCCCCGCCGCAAGCCCCACUGCCCAUGGCCGUCAGCCGGGGGCUUCCCCAGCAGCAGCCACAGCAGCAGCUUCUGAAUCUCCAAGGUGCCAACUCCGCCUCCCUCCUCACCGGCUCUGUGCUACAGAGAGCUUUGCUUUUGCAGCAGUUGCAAGGACUGGACCAGUUUGCAAUGCCACCAGCCACGUAUGACAGUACCGGUCUCACCAUGCCCACGGCAACACUGGGGAACCUCCGUGGCUACAACCUGGCAGCCCCGAACCUGACGGCCCCCAGCCUCACACCCCCCCAGCUGGCCACCCCAAAUCUACAGCAGUUCUUCCCCCAGGCCACUCGGCAGUCCUUGCUGGGUCCCCCUCCUGUCGGGGUCCCCAUGAACCCCUCCCAGAUCAACCUUUCAGGGCGGACUCCCCAGAAACAGGCCCGCACCCCCUCCUCCACCACCCCCCAGCGCAAGGAUUCUUCUUCUCAGACGAUACCUGUGGAAGACAAGUCAGACCCCCCAGAGGGGUCUGAGGAAGCUGUUGAGUCCCGAACAAACACACCAGAAGACCAAGAUUCCCCGCCCUGCCCGGAUGACAUCACUAAGGAGAAACGCACUCUAGCCCCUUUGCCUGAGUCUUGUGAGGCAUCUGAGCCACCAGCUAAGAGGUCAAAGAGCUCAGAGUUGCCCACAGAGAAGGGGUCCCCCGGGCAGCUGCAGGCGAAGGUCCAGCCUCGGGCCCGCACCACGGCCCCGAAGCAGACACAGACACCCGAGCUGCUGCCUGAGCCGCCGGAAGCCCGAGUGCUGCCACCGUUGCAGCCCCGGGUUCUGCAGAUCCAGGCCCCGGUGCAGGCGCAGGCGCAGCCACUGACGCCCCCCGCGGACGCCCCGGUGCAGCGCAGGCUGCAGAAGCAGGCGCAGACACAGACCUCCCCAGACUAUGUGGGGCCGCAGCCGCUGCGGAAGGAGGCGGAGCUGCAGAGACAGGUGCCGCCGAAGGCACGUCCGCAGCCCCCGCGGCCGCCACAGCCGCAGAAGCAGGCACAGACGCAGACGUGUCCUCAGGCCCAGCCCCCGGAGCAGCCCCCGAGGCAACCUCCAGGGCCGUCGCCAGGCCAGCCGCCUGACCAGACUGAGGGACAGCCUCAGCCCCCGCCACGGGUGUUGGUGCCGGCCCUAGAGCCAGCGUCAGUUCCGGAUCAUUCCGCGGUGCUCGAGACGCCGCCUGAUAAGGGAGAUAGUGGAGCCGGCCUGGAGGAGGCCUCUCCAGAGCCAGGUGGCGCCCAGGUCAGCGUGGAGAGCCAGGAGGACUUGACCAGUGGCCUGGAUGUGGGAGAAUGUGAAAAACGAGCAAGGGAGAUGCUAGGGGUGUGGGGCGCUGGGGGCUCCCUGAAGGUCACCAUCCUGCAGAGCAGUGACAGCCGGGCCUUCAGCACCGUCCCCGUCACCCCCAUGCCCCGCGCUGGCGACUCUGCAUCUGCCGCCCCGGCCGCCGCCAGCACACCCUCUAAGCAGACCCUCCAGUUCUUCUGCUACCUUUGUAAGGCCAACUGUAGCAGCCAGCAGGAGUUCCAGAACCACAUGUCAGGGGCCCAGCACCAGCAGCGGCUCGGGGAGAUCCAGCACAUGAGCCAGGCCUGCCUCCUGUCCCUGCUGCCCGUGCCCCGGGAUGUGCUAGAGAGAGAGGACGAAGAGCCCCCGCCGAGGCGCUGGUGUAACACCUGCCAGGUCUACUACAUGGGUGACCUGAUCCAACACCGCAGGACGCAGGACCACAAGAUCGCCAAGCAGUCCCUGCGGCCUUUCUGCACUGUUUGCAACCGCUAUUUCAAGACGCCCCGCAAGUUUGUGGAGCACGUGAAGUCCCAGGGGCACAAGGACAAAGCCAAGGAGCUGAAGUUGCUCGAGAAGGAGCUAGCCGGUCAAGAUGAGGACCACUUCAUCACAGUGGACGCUGUGGGCUGCUUUGAGGGUGAUGAGGAGGAGGAAGAGGAAGAGGAAGAUGAAGAAGAGAUCGAGGUGGAGGAGGAAUUCUGCAAGCAGGUGAGGUCCAGAGAUAUAUCCAUAGAGGAGUGGAAAGGCUCAGAGACCUAUAGCCCCAAUACCGCAUACGGUGUGGACUUCCUGGUGCCCGUAAUGGGCUACAUUUGCCGCAUCUGCCACAAGUUCUACCACAGCAACUCGGGGGCACAGCUCUCCCACUGCAAGUCCUUGGCCCACUUCGAGAACCUGCAGAAAUACAAGAAGGCCAAGAACCCCAGCCCUACCAGCAGGCCCGUGAGCCGCCGGUGUGCAAUCAACGCCCGGAACGCCUUGACUGCUCUGUUCACUUCUGGUGGCCGCACACCCACCCAGCCCAGCACCCAGGACACGGCUAAAACCCCCAGCAAGGUGACAGCCCAACCCCCUCCGCCCCCACUACCACGGCGCUCAACCCGCCUCAAAACCUGAUAGAGGGAGCGCGCCUCAGGCCCACCCCGUCUGGGUCUCAGUCUGCUACGCUUUUUAGAAAUCUCGUGUGGAAAUUCUGACAUGGUUGGUGUUUUUACUGAAAAUCUAAUAAAAGAAGGUAGUUUGGCCGUACAGU